CGUCAGGUUAAGUGCACCUACCUGACACUUCCUGCUGUCGUCGUUAUGGGUUUUUUCCCGUCAUGCGUGUGGAUGACAUUUCUUACAUAUCACUGCCAUGUUCGUAUGCCUUCAUCAGAUGUAUUCAAUUAGGAUUUCCACGUCCUCCGGUUGAAGCGCUGCGACCUUGGGUAUUUUCUCGCAUUGGAGGAAUAUUGGUGGCAGUGUAGUUUAGCCUGGAUACGGUAGGCCUGCUACAAAGAUUGGAUUGUGAUUCUGUGGUUGGAGUUUUAUUUUCGUUUAUGUUACCCAGUUGAUACAGCAGCGAGACGCAACAGCGAGGGACUGACCCUCGUAUUUGUAGAGAUAUGGAUGAGAGGUCAUGUGCGCUGUCCAGCUAAGGGCCUUGGUCGCCCCCCCGCCUGUGCACGCCGUAAGCAUGUACCGCAGGAACGGUCUCUCGGAUGGCGCCAGCAUCAACUCCGCCUCCUCAGUGGGAAGCAGCAGCUCGGACUCUCUGGAUGGGCCGGGCUUGGACUUCUCCAAGAGUUAUGAUGCUGUUGUGUUUGACGUGCUGAAGGUGACGCCCGAGGAGUUUGCUGGCCAAAUCACGUUGAUGGAUGCUCCAGUAUUCAAAGCGAUACAUCCAGAGGAGCUGGCUAGCUGUGGAUGGAACAGGAAGGAGAAACACCGUCUGGCGCCCAACGUGGUGGCGUUUACACGGAGGUUCAACCAGGUUAGCUUUUGGCUGGUGAGAGAAAUUUUGACCGCCCAGACACUGAAGAUCCGAGCAGAAAUACUGAGCCAUUUUGUCAAAAUAGCCAAGAAACUGUUGGAGCUGAAUAACCUCCACUCGAUGGUGUCUGUGGUGUCAGCCCUGCAGAGUGCUCCCAUCUUCAGGCUGAGCAAGACCUGGGCGCUGAUCAGCCGGAAGGACAAGGCCACGUUUGAGAAGCUGGACUUCUUGACAUCCAAAGAGGACAACUACACGCGCAUGAGGGAGUACAUCCGCUCUCUCAAGAUAACGCCAUGCAUCCCCUACCUGGGCAUCUACCUAUUGGACAUGAUCUACAUCGACUCGGCCUAUCCGGCGUCGGAUAGCAUCAUCGAGACGGAGCAGAGGACAAAUCAGAUGAACAACCUGCUGAGGGUGAUCUCUGACCUGCAGAUGUCCUGUAAAUAUGAUCACCUGGUGACCCUCCCCCAUGUUCAGAAGUAUUUAAUGUCCGUGCGCUAUAUCGAGGAGCUUCAGAAGUUCGUAGAGGACGACAACUUCAAGCUUUCUCUGAAGAUCGAACCUAUGCACGGCUCCCCACGCAUGGCCUCAUCCAAGGAAGACCUAGCAGGUCCGUCUGAUGUGUCUGCCUCUGUGAGGUACAUCUACCGGCGGCCCACCUGUCCCGACGCCUCGGUGGGGGUGCACAUGCCCACCCCUCCCCCCUCUCGCCACAGGAAGAGCCACAGCCUGGGCAACAAUAUGAUGGCGUACGGCAUGGUGGAGAGUAAGAGCUCCACAUUCCCCAUUGAGAAGCCACGCCACCUGCUGGAUGACAGCUUCCUGGAGUCCCAGAGCCCAGCUAGAAACAACCCACACAGCAUCGCCGUAUCUAACGGCAUAUCUUUAGGCAGUAGUGAAAGCUCAUUCGGCGAGGAGCUCUCGCCGGGGAUGGAAAGGGGGCGCAUGUACGCUACACUGGGCCCCAACUGGAAGGUCCCGCUACGCAAUUCACCCCGGAUCCGCAGCUAUGUUUACAGCCCCUCAGGUGCCAACCCGUGCCACGGGUGCAGCGAGGUGGGCAGUGUUACUAUCGAGGGGCCCCUUCGGAGGAAGACCCUGCUGAAAGAGGGCCGAAAACCCAAGUUGUCAUCGUGGACGCGCUUUUGGAUCACUCUCUCUGGCUCGACACUGACGUUCUACGGGGCCAAAGCUUUGAGGGCCUCCGAGAGGAAGCAUUACAAAUCUUCGGCCUGUAAGAAGGUAUGUGUUACGGGCUGGAUGGUGGUCCUGCCUGAUGACCCCGCUAGACCGAACAUCUUCCACCUCAACGACCCGGAUAAAGGUAAUGUUUACAAGUUCCAGACGGGAUCCAGAUUCUCUGCAAUCAUCUGGCACAAAAACCUGGAGGAGGCUUGCAGGAGCGGUAGACCUCAGAUACCAACCAACCUAAUGUCAUUUGAGUAGUGGACGACCUGUGAGCUUGCCCAGUGGGGAGUGACAGUGCCAAGUCCAAUUUACAUGGGAGUCUAACAAACUCUGACAAAAUGGUGAAACGGAGGAACUGAGUGGAAUCCUAAGAAAUGGGGGGGUGAGGAAGUGCAGAGGUGUGUCCUGUGUCCGAUUCUACAGACUGGAGCAGAUGCUCUUUUCCACUGGACACACACAGCAGCUUUUUUAGCCAAGGACUACGUGCCAUGACGUUUCUCUAUCCAGAGAAAGGAAAACGAAUAUUUCCCGCCCUUGUUUCGUGUCAAUGCUUUCUCGCUUGUCGUCGUUUGUUCCCCUGCUGUAGACAUGUGAGCAGGCUCAUAUUUCUUUGGCCCAUGUUGGGUUUUGCUCAGAAGAAAGGAGAAAAAAAAAAAGACCUGUAGAAGAAGACUGACAGUGUUAAGAGACUGUGGUAAGUAGGCUCAGGGACCAGAGAUUUGGGCCCUUUGGAGAUCAGCACUGCGAUGGCCCCCUAACUAUUUGAGCCAAUGUUUCAGACCACUGUUGACUGGACACCUUGCAAAACACACGCGACACUGAUGCUCAUCGUCGACCCUGGUCCUUGCAUCAUGCAGCGGACUGAUGCUCAUCGUCGACCCUGGUCCUUGCAUCAUGCAGCGGACUGAUGCUCAUCGUCAACCCUGGUCCUUGCGGACUGAUGCUCAUCGUCAACCCUGGUCCUUGCAUCAUGCAGCGGACUGAUGCUCAUCGUCAACCCUGGUCCUUGCGGACUGAUGCUCAUCGUCAACCCUGGUCCUUGCGGACUGAUGCUCAUCGUCGACCCUGGUCCUUGCGUCAUGCAGCGGACUUUACAGCAGAAGUCAUGACUCUUUGAGUUUUCAAAUAAGGGAGAAAGGAUUUAGCUUUCUGAAUAACUAGUUAUUUAACAUACAGAGGCUCAGCCAAACCUAAACCACCCCUUGCUCUGUCAGCCCAUUCUAUUUAUUAUAGCCAUACAAACAAUGUCUGCCAGUUAAAGACCAAUUUUUUAAACACCAAGUAGGUUGAGCAAGAAAAGCCUUUAUUGGUUCAGAUGACAAAUGGUGAUAAAGACUGUUUUUCUACCAGUCAGAAAUGAAACAAACACACAGAACAUUUUUACGUUGCUCUUUUGUCAUAACAUUUUAGUUUGAUUCACUACUUUAUUGUCCAACAAGGGGAAAUGUAUUUGGUCACUUGCAAUGACAUUCGUCGUCAUAUAGAAAAGACGUCACCUAUUUUCCUCUUGUAUACGAACCAGCUUGAAGCUCACUACCAGAUAAAGGCCAGCUUAGAGAAGGGUCAAGAAGACAUUAGAUCUGCCAAGGCUUCAGUUCUUCAAAGCAUCACCCUAGCAUCUUAUGGUAUUCAUCUGGUUGAGAUUUCAGACAAGUCAGUGGGUUUCAGCACCAUCAGUGAGUUCAUUGUAAAUAUAUUUUUAAAAUAUUUAUUUAUUUAAUCUUUAGUUGCCAAUGGGAAAUUAUACCAUGGUAUGAUUACAAGGGACAGUUCACACAUAUUACAAAAUUACACCCUGUGAGCAGUCUAUGGACAAGUUUAUGACAGCAAUCCAUGCUUUGGUUUAGUUUCCCUGGCACUGUUUCCUCAUGCUAACGAUUUAGCAGUUGUGGCACAAAUCCCAUUCAAGUCAUGGGACCGAUAUUAGCAAAAGUAUCUAAAAUUGAUUGUGAAGUUCAAAAUUGUAAUUUAUAGACUUGAAAAUGAUGCACAGAAAAUGCUAAUAUUGGUCCAAUGACUUGAAUGGGAUUAUGUUAACAGCCUGGGUCACUAAACCGAAGCAUGGAUUGCUGUCCAUAGACUGCUUACAGGGUAAGGAAACCAACACCAACAAACUCGGUUUCCUGUUAUUUUGAGAGACGCAAAAAAGGGACGUCGAUGCCAUGAGUACAAGCCAACAAGGUUACAAUUUGAAACAUUAUCUGUGUGUGUGGACUUAAUGUGUUUAAAAUGUCCAAAACAAACAUAAGACAUGAUAUCAUGUAUGGCUGGAAAAUAAGAACUAAAUUAUUUCGUGAAUGAACUGAUUUCAUUGAAGCCAUAGUCCCAAAUGCAUCCCCUGUAAGUAUGCUGAACGCCAAUCAUCUAUGAUGUGACAAUCAGAAGGGUGACAUCUUACCCAGGUCAAAAUGAUUACCUGUGGUUUAACACGUUUGGUACUAAAAAUAUCCAUCUCUGUAAAAAGUGGUUAGGACAUCAACCUUCAUUUUCUAUUUAUUUAAAGAAAUAUGUUAUUUUUCUGUAUUAAUUACCACCCACCAAAGUGUGUAUGACUGAGCCAAUCAUUGAGUUGUUUAAAAUAUCUAUAAUGUAGUAUUGUUUUUUUUUAUGAAGGACUGCAUUCUGAACAAAAAGAGAGAUACGGGUAACUGCCAAAAUAAAGGAAACACCAACAUAAAGUGUCUUAAUAGGGCGUUGGGCCACCACGAGCCGCCAGAAC